GAGGCGGAAGAGGCGGAGCGUGCGGCUCAGCGGGGCCGGGAGCGGUGCGGGAGCGGCCGGCAGAGGCCCAACGGGGCCGGGGCCGGGGCCCGGGGCCUGGUCCGCGGCGAUGCCGAGUAAAAAGAAGAAAUAUAACGCGCGGUUCCCUCCGGCACGGAUCAAGAAGAUCAUGCAGACGGAUGAGGAGAUUGGGAAGGUGGCAGCGGCUGUCCCCGUCAUCAUCUCACGGGCAUUGGAGCUCUUCCUGGAAUCCCUGCUGCGCAAAGCAUGUCAUGUCACCCAGUCCCGCAAUGCCAAGACCAUGACCACAUCCCACCUGAAGCAGUGCAUUGAACUGGAGCAGCAGUUUGAUUUCCUGAAGGAUUUGGUGGCCGCCGUCCCAGAUAUGCAGGGGGAGGGGGAUGAGCCCCAUGGCGAGGGGGAGAGGGCACCCCGCAGAGGACGACGUCCGGGCACGGGACGGAAAAAUGGGGGUCCCGGAGCAAAGGGAAAAGACCCCAAACAAUCGGGGACCGACACAGAGCAGGAGGAGGACUCUGAGGACAGCGACACCGAUGUGGAGGAGGAGACCUCAAACCCCCCCCCGGCGCGACCCCCCCUCAAUUUCACCAGCCCUGCAGUGCCCUUCGCCCCUCUGGGACCCCCCCCGGUUCCGAGGCUCCCAGCAGUUGGAGGGGUCCUCCCCCCGGCCCCGGCGCCCCCCCCCCAUCCCAGAGGAGGAGGAGGAGGAUGAAGACUACGACUCUUAGCGUGCCCCCCCCCCCCCCUCCCACUUUUCAGAUUUUGGGGCAAUUUGGGCCAAUUUUGGGCAAUCUCACAUCGACUGAGCGUGAGGACAGCACUGAGACCCCCCCCUCCCCCUCACUGCCCCCAAAGCACAGUGUGUGUGUGUCGGGGGGGACGACUGUCCCCUCUCUGUAUGCUUUGUCCCCUUUUUUUUUGGGGGGGGGGAGGGGAGAAGUGGGGGGCUGGCUUUUAGGGGCUGUUGCCGACUUUUAACCAUUCUGGGUUUUUUUUUUUUAUGGGGCUCCAAUAAACGUUCCCAUUUCCA